AUGGCACUUGUAAGUGCAAAAAAAGAAUUUAUAAUGAUUGAUGUAGGAACUAAUGGUCGGGUAUCUGAUGGUGGUGUUUUAUUCUAUACCAAAUUUUGGGAGAUGUAUCAACAGAACACUCUCAAAUUACCAGAACCAUCGGCACUACCAAAUACAAGACAGACAUUUCCAUAUGUUUUUAUAUCUGACGAAGCAUUUGAAUUGGGUCCCAAUUUAAUGAAGCCCUACGCUCAAAAUGUAUUGAACGAAAAUAGACACAUCUUUAAUUACCGUCUUUCACGAGCACGUUCAGUAGUUGAAUGUGCUUUCGGAAUACUGAAUUCAAAGUUUGGUAUUUUUCAAAAAGAUUUACCUUUUGAACCCGAUACUGCUUCAUUGAUAGUAGCAACAUGUUGCUACUUACAUAAUUAUUUAAGGAAAAAUGCAAACUCUUACAGUUUUUCAAAUGAAAAUGGAAAUAAUAUAAAUAGAUUAGAAGACCUGCAAAGAACACACAAUCGUAACCCAAACUGUGAAGCAAAAGCUAUAAGAGAAAAUUUUUGUAGUUACUUUUGUAAUGAAGGUAGAAUAUAA